AUGGAUUACCUACGUCCUCUCUCCAACGCCAUGACCGACCAACCCACCAUUCGUCUCGCGACCCCCGAGGAUGUCCCCCUCAUCCUCCAAUUCAUCUGCGAACUAGCCGACUACGAAAAAGCCCUCCAUGAAGUCGAAGCCACCGAAGAAUCCCUCCUAGCAACCCUCUCCUUCCCCGAUACCCCACCCAAGCGCGGCGCUGUCUACACAGCUCUCAUUACCCCGCCACCUACUGCCGACACUCCCAACCCCAUCCCCGUCGGCAUGGCCCUGUACUUCUACAACUACUCAACCUGGAGGUCCGCUCCUGGUAUCUACCUCGAGGAUCUGUAUGUGCAGCCCAGCGCGCGGGGUCAUGGGUACGGCUUCAAGUUGCUCAAGUACCUUGCUAAGCAGGUGCUUGAGGUGUCGGGUCGGCGGUUGGAGUGGAGUGUGCUCACAUGGAAUGAACCUAGUAUUAAGUUCUAUGAGCAGGUUGGUGCGCGUGGUAUGGAUGAGUGGAUGAAGAUGAUGGUUGAGGGGGAUGCGUUGACACGUUUGGCGCAGGAUGCGUAA